GCUAGAAGUCAGUACGCGGUCAGUCGGCAUGCCAAGGGGGCUUGACCCACUCCUUUAGUUUAGUUUUUUUGUGCAUACUUCAACAUCGAAAUGUCUCCAUCGGAAUCACCUCGGGUUUUCUCUCAGAAGGAGGUAGCCAAUCAUUCCACCAAAAACUCAUGUUGGGUAUUAUCGGGGACGAGAAUUUAUGAUGUGACGGGAUUCCUUCGUAUUCACCCGGGUGGAGAGGCUCUGAUAUUAAGCCGGUCAGGGAAUGAUAUCAGGAUGGAGAUGGCGGGACCCCCACACCGGCACUCGGAGAACGCAAGGCGGUGGAUGGAACAGUACUACAUCGGAGAGCUGGACACAGACGGUAGUGCCGAUGAAAUACAGAUGGCGAGGGAGAGGAAGAAGACAGUGGAUGAGGAGACUUCACCCAUUAGCAAAUGCAGUCAAGUCAACCUGGACACGGACCUGGUGGACUGGCGGAAGCCCCUGGCCUGGCAGGUGGGCAACCUGGGAGAGAAAUACGAGACCUGGGUGCACCAGCCUGUGAAUCGGCCCAUUCGCCUGUUUGGGAACGAGUUCAUAGAGGCCAGCACCAAGACAUCCUGGUAUAUGGUCCCUGCUGUGUGGAUGCCACUGGUGUUCUAUCUCAGCUGGUACUGCUACACCACCUUGGCUCAGGAGACAACCAGACUAUUCGCCAGCACAGACUAUUCCUUCCUGGUGCACAAGUACAGCUUUCCGCUCAUCUUUGUGAUGGGCAUGGUCACGUGGACCUUCAUCGAAUAUUGCGUCCAUCGCUUCGUCUUUCACAUGCGCCCGCCCGCCCACAACUAUUACCUCAUCACCAUUCACUUCCUGCUGCACGGACAGCAUCAUAAGUCUCCCUACGAUGGCUCCCGCUUAGUCUUUCCUCCUUGCCUGGCCUCAGUGGUGAUAGGCAGCUUCUACCUGCUGCUGACCAAGUCCUUCCCUGAGGCCUUAGGGGUGUCCCUGUUUGUGGGGGGACUGUUUGGGUACGUGGUGUACGACAUGAUCCAUUACUACCUUCACUACGGCUCCCCCCAGAAAAACUCCUACCUGUACAGCCUCAAGGCGUACCACGUCAAGCACCACUUUGAAAACCAAAGAGCAGGCUUUGGAAUCAGCACCACAUUGUGGGACUAUCCGUUCAACACACUGAUCCCUGAACAGACCUUUCAGAACACCCAACUUACUCUACUCUCCACUGGGGGGCGACCUUCACCCAUCCCUCUUAGACCUAGCAAUCAACCCCCUCAAUGACUCCACACCCUUUGACCUCUGCCUGUCCCUAUAGUCUGUCUGUCUGUCCUUGUCUUUGUCUCUGGCUGGCUCUGGCUGCUUUGAACAAAACACAACAACACACACUUCUCCAAUAUGUUCCACCUGUCAGUCAAAGAAGAAAGGUAUCUUUUCAGAACUGGAGAGAUGGAGGUUCGGGGUGAUUCUGUAUGUUUUGUUUAUAAUCGACAACAUUAUCAAAUGAAGAUUGUAUGACUAUAAUGCAGUAAGGAGGAUGAUACAUGCAGUCACAGGAUAUAACAGUCAACAUCCCGCCAGAGACCGUAUAGCCAUCAAACUCAACUCUGGACCUUGAAGUCAGUUACGUUGGGUUUUUCAUUGUUCCCCUCCAAUAAGGGACUGAUUUAGACCUGGGACACCAGGUGGGGUAAAUGCAUUAUCAGGCAGAACAGAAGACCAGCAGGCUCCGUACCUCGUAGGGUCAGAGUUUACCAACGCUGCAGUAGAGAGAGAAUAAGUGAGGAGAGGGAGUGUGAAUGUGGAAGAGAGGAUAAAGAGUGAUGUUUAGGAGGGUGAAAGUUAGAGAUUAUAGUUGUCCUUCUAUACAGUUGAAGUUGUAAGUUUACAUACACUUAGGUUGGGGUCAUUAACUUGUUUUUCAACCACUCCACAAAUUUCUUGUUAACAAACUAUAGUUUUGGCAAGUCGGUUAGGACAUCUACGUUGUGCAUGACACAAGUCAUUUUUCCAACAAUUGUUUACAGACAGAUUAUUUCACUUAUAAUUCACUGUAUCACAAUUCCAGUGGGUCAGACGUUUACAUACACUAAGUUCACUGUGACUUUAAACAGCUAGGAAAAUUCCAGAAAAUUAUGUCAUGGCUUUAGAAGCUUCUGAUAGUCUAAUUGACAUCAUUUGAGUCAAAUGGAGGUGUACUUGUGGAUGUAUUUCAAGGCCUACCUUCAAACUCAGUGCCUCUUUGCUUGACUUCAUGGGAAAAUCAAAAGAAAUCAGCCAAGACGUCAGAAAAGAAAUUGAAGGUACCACACUCAUCUGUACAAACCAUAGUAUGCAAGUAUAAACACCAUGGGACCACACAGCCAUCAUACCGCUCAUGAAGGAGACGCAUUCUGUCUCCUAGAGAUGAACGUACUUUGGUGCGAAAAAUGCAAAUCUAUCCCAGAACAACAGCAAAGGACCUUGUGAAGAUGCUGGGUGAAACAGGUACAAAGUAUCUAUAUCCACAGUAAAACAAGUCCUAUAUCGACAUAACCUGAAAGGCUGCUCAGCACUGUUCCAAAACCGCCAUAAAAAUAAUCCAGACUACAGUUUGCAACUGCACAUGGGGACAAAGAUUGUACUUUUUGGAGAAAUGUCCUCCGGUCUGAUGAAACAAAAAUAGAGCUGUUUGGCCAUAAUGACCAUUUUUAUGUUUGGAGGAUAAAGAGUGAUGCUUGCAAGUCGAAGAACACCAUGUCAACCGUGAUGCAUGGGGGUGGCAGCAUCAUGUUGUGGGGGUGCUUUGCUGCAGGAGGGUCUGGUGCACUUCACAAAAUAGAUGACAAUAUGAGGAAGGGAAGUUAUGUGGAUACAUUGAAGCAACAUCUCAAGAUAUCAGUCAGGAAGUUAAAGCUUGGUUGCAAAUGGGUCUUCCAAAUGGACAAUGACCCCCAAGCAUACUUCCAAAGUUGUGGCAAUAUGGCUUAAGGACAACAAAGUCAAGGUAUUGGAGUGGCCAUCACAAAGCCCUGACCUCAAUCCUAUAGAAAAUUUGUGGGCAGAACUGAAAAACUGUGUGCGAGCAAGGAAGCCUACAAACCUGACUCCGUUACACCAGCUCUGUCAGGAGGAAUGGGCCAAAAUUCACCCAACAUAUUGUGGAAAGCUUGUGGAAGGCUACCUGAAAUGUUUGACCCAAGUUAAACUAUUUAAAGACAAUGCUACCAAAUACUAAUUGUGUGUAUGUAAAUGUCUGACCCACUGGGAAUGUGAUGAAAUAAAUUAAAGUUUACAUUUACAUUUAAGUCAUUUAGCAGACGCUCUUAUCCAGAGCGACUUACAAAUUGGAGUUGAAAUAAAAGUUGAAAUAAAUCAUUCUCUCUACAAUUAUUCUGCCAUUUCACAUUCUUAAAAUAAAGUGGUGAUCCUAACUGACCUAAGACAGGGACAUUUUCCUAGGAUUAAAUGUCAGGAAUUGUGAAAAACUGAGUUUAAAUGUAUUUGGCUAAGGUGUAUGUAAACUUCCGACUUCAACUGUAGAUCUAAGCUGUCCAGGUUUAUACCUUUUAAGAAAAUUCAGGAAAGUCCCUUCUAUAUCCCUGGAGUGUUUAUGCAGCUAGUGGUCGAGAGGUAGUAAUACUUUUAGUAACGCUUAGUAACAUUGUUAUGGGGACGUAACCUCAUUCUCAACAUUACAUCACAGCUAUGCUGUUUUGACACAGAAAAUUGCUGUUGACAGCGUGUGCCCACUGAAUUCACUGAUGGUUAGUCUGUAGUGUCUGUGGGAAGGUACGGAGGGAGCUGAUUUAGUCUGUCACUAUGUUCAGACUAAUUUAUAUUUCAACAAUGUCUUUCUAUUCAGUAAUGGUAUGAAUAAAUGUAUAGAAAUAUUUGUACAAACAAAGGGAGACUGCAUCUUUCCCUUUCCAUCUCUCUCCUAUACACUCUGGUUUGUUGUUGACAUGACAAAUGAAGCGUCAGAAUGAGUUGAUGUUUUACUAGGUGGAGAGAGAUGUAGUGAGAGGAAGAUGGAUGUGUAUUAAUGUGUGGAUUGAUGGAAGCAUGGAUGGAUAUGUGUUGUCAUGGAUACAGAGACAGAACACUGAGGGCAUGAGGCCAGUCUAUCAGGCCUCCUGCUGAAGGGAGGAGCACAUGGCUACAGAAUGGAACUGAUAAGGAAUCCACUAUAGGUUCCUGUGCCCCUCUCUGCAUGUAGGAUGACCAUUUUGCAUCAGACUAAACCACAGGGGAGGCUUUCGGUUCAGUUCCAGGCCGAUCCUCGACUGUUCUGACUAGUUUUAUAUCCUAAAGUUUCUAGCCUUUUUACCAUCUUCUGCAAUCCAUAUGUUUUUGUUCAUUCCCUUAUUUUCCCUUUUAAUUUGUCCUUUGGGUGAAGCCGCUAAAGAUGAGCCCAAAAACUCCUACAUUUCCUCAGGGGACCAUGGAGAGAGGAGACUGUGACAGGGGCCUCACAAAGUGCAUGCGUCUCACAGUGAUUUGAACCGUUAGGUCAUAACGUAGUGUGUGUGUAUGUGUGUAUAUAUAUAUCAGUGAGGGGGAAAAGUAUUUGAUCCCCUGCUGAUUUUGUACGUUUGCCCACUGACAAAGAAAUGACCCGUCUAUAAUUUUAAUGGUAGGUUUAUUUGAACAGUGAGAGACAGUAUAACAAAAAAAUCCAGAAAACGCACGUCAAAAAUGUUAUAAAUUGAUUUGCAUUUUAAUGAGGGAAAUACUUAUUUGACCCCCUCUCAAUCAAAAAGAUUUCUGGCUCCCAGGUGUCUUUUAUACAGGUCACGAGCUGAGAUGAGGAGCACACAAAGGGAGUGCUCCGAAUCUCAGUUUAUACAGGUCACGAGCUGAGAUGAGGAGCACACUCUUAAAGGGAGUGCUCCUAAUCUCAGUUUGUUACCUGUAUAAAAGACACCUGUCCAGAGAAGCAAUCAAUCAAUCAGGUUACAAACUCUCCACCAUGGCCAAGACCAAAGAGCUCUCCAAGGAUGUCAGGGACAAGAUUGUAGACCUUCACAAGGCUGGAAUGGGCUACAAGACCAUCGCCAAGCAGCUUGGUGAGAAGGUGACAACAGUUGGUGUGAUUAUUCGCAAAUGGAAGAAACACAAAAGAACUGUCAAUCUCUCUCAGCCUGGGGCUCCAUGCAAGAUCUCACCUUGUGGAGUUGCAAUGAUCAUGAGAACGGUGAGGAAUCAGCCCAGAACUACACGGGAGGAUCUUGUCAAUGAUCUCAAGGCAGUUGGGACCAUAGUCACCAAGAAAACAAUUGGGAACACACUACGCUGUGCAGGACUGAAAUCCUGCAGCGCCUGCAAGGUCCCCCUGCUAAAGAAAGCACAUAUACAGGCCUGUCUUAAGUUUGCCAAUGAACAUCUGAAUGAUUCAGAGGACAACUGGGUGAAAGUGUUAUGGUCAGAUGAGACUAUAAUGGAGCUCUUGGCAUCAACUCAACUCGCUGUGUUUGGAGGAGGAGGAAUGCUGCCUAUGACCCCAGGAACACCAUCCCCAAUGUCAAACAUGGAGGUGGAAACAUGCUUUCCGGGUGUUUUUCUGCUAAGGGGACAGGACAACUUCACCGCAUCAAAGGGAUGAUGGACGGGGCCAUGUACUGUCAAAUCUUGGGUGAGAACCUCCUUCCCUCAGCCAGGGCAUUGAAAAUGGGUCGUGGAUGGGUAUUCCAGCAUGACAAUGACCCAAAACACACAGCCAAGGCAACAAAGGAGUGUCUCAAGAAGAAGCACCUGGCCUAGCCAGUCUCCAGACCUUAAUCCCGUAGAAAGUCUGUGGAGGAAGCUGAAGGUUCCAGUUGCCAAACGUCAGCCUCGAAACCUUAAUGACUUGGAGAAGAUCUGCAAAAAGGAGUGGGACAAAAUCCCUUCUGAGAUGUGUGCAAACCUGGUGGCAAACUACAAUAAAUGUCUGACCUCAGUACUUGGUGGCAAAACCCUUGUUGGCAAUCACAAAGUCAUGUUUUGCAGAGGGGUCAAAUACUUAUUUCCCUCAUUAAAAUGCAAAUCAAUUUAUAAAAAUUUUGACAUGUGUUUUUCUGGAUUUUUUUGUUGUUGUUAUUCUGACUCUCACUGUUCAAAUAAACCUACCAUUAAAAUGAUAGACUGAUCCUUUCUUUGUCAGUGGGCAAACGUACAAAUAUAUAUAUAUCACUACAGCUAAGGACACGUCCUGGGUCCACAGUCUCCUAUCACCUCCAUUGGAGCUUGAUGGGGGUGAUUUAUAUGCCAAGAGAGUAAUUCUUCAUCACAUAAAUAUGUGUGUAAUCCAGCAUUUGCUUUACUGUAUAAAAUCCUCCUCCUUGCAGUCAUUUAAAUGGGGGUGGGAGUGGUCUGUUUGGAACUCAGGUCAGGUUUGGGGUCAGGACUCAGGGUCUGGUCGUGUUCAUGUUGUGUUCGGACAGAGAACUGUCAGUGGAGGAUCAGUAAGAUACCCUGAUUAGCAUCAAGAACUCAUCUCACAGUAGUGACUAUGCACAUUCAAGACAAUAUUUGUACCCGUGCUUAUGUCUUUUGUAUGAUGAACUUUUCAUGACUUGAUGAAGAACCAAAUAAUGUUGUGAUAUGAUAAUAAGGAUGAUAAUAAGGAUGCUGAUGGUGUUGAUAAAAAUGAUAAUAAUGGCAUCUGAGUUUGGCAUGCCCCUCCCCUCUCCUCUGUAUCAACACCCUUUGACUGGACCUUUGACUGGACCAAGCGUCUUGCUGAGCAGGAGGGCGCCACCUGUUGUGUUAAAGUAGUAUAGGCCUGUAGAUCCAUUGUUCUAUAUUUAUUAACAGCUUGUAAGCUUUGAUUCUGACAAAUGAAAUUCUCUGCUCAAUUAUGCAAUAAUAUUGUAAAAUCGGUUUAGCACAUGUUUUGCCUUUUGUUUUGGAAUUUCAAAUGCCUAUGCAAAUGGGGAAGUAUCAGUGAAUAAAUGUCUUUAUAUUUCUGA